CUUUCUACAUCCGUUGGGCGUUCCGGUUUCUCCCGUUGCAGUCAGUCAACAACGCACAGCAGUUUCAGUAUGGAUGUUUUGCGGCCGAUGCUCAUUAACAUCAAUGGAAGAAUGUACAGAAAAAAUCCAGUACAAGAGGAAUAUUAUGAAGAAGAAGAUAAUUAUUCAUAUUCAGACCCAGCUGCUGACCAGUGCAUGGAUGAACCCUGCGACACACACAACAUUGAGCAGACAGAUAAGGGCUUCCGCUGUGCCCUAGAUGUGCCAAGUGUCCUUUACAAGUAUAUUAUCGGUAAGAAAGGAGAGACUCGUAAACGACUGGAAUCAGAGACAAAAACUUCAAUCAGCAUCCCCAAACAGGGCGUGGAGGGACAGAUCGUGAUCACAGGUGCACACAGCGCCGCGGUGUCUUCAGCUGUCACCCGCGUUGAGGUUUUGAUCGACAGCUUUCGGAGGAAGCAGCCGUUCACCCACUUCCUGUCUUUUGCACUGAAUCAUGAUCAGGUGCAGGAAGGAUUUAAGCGCUUCAGAGAGGAUGUGCUGCAGCGCUGCGGGCAGGACUCGGGGGUGGAUGUGAGUAUUUUUCAGAAUCCAGCUAAACUUCACCUCACCAUCGGCACUCUGGCCCUUCUGAACGAACAGGAAGUGACACGAGCAAGUGAACUUCUUCAGCAGUGCCAAGAUGUUAUCAGAGAUAUAACUGAAGGAAAAGCUCUUCCUGUAGAAGUCAGAGGAAUCGAAUAUAUGAAUGAUGACCCAUCGAUGGUGGACGUUCUGUAUGCCAAAGUCGCUGCUCAAGACAGCUCUGACAAGCUGCAGCAGAUAGCAGACAGGCUGCUGGAGUGUUUUGUAUCAGGUGGUCUGAUGGAGCGUGAGUGGGACAAAGUAAAAAUUCACGCCACUGUGAUGAACACACUGUUCCGGAAAGAUCCGUCAGCUGAGGUGAAAGGAACUUCAGGAAGACAAAACAUUAAAGAUCGUGAAUCUUUUGAUGCCAGAAACAUCUUACAGAUGUUUGGAGAGUUUGAUUUCGGAGCAUUUGAGCUGAACUCGGUGCAUCUGUCUCAGAGAUACUCCACUGACAGUACCGGAUAUUAUUCCUCGGCGGGACAUGUCACUUUCUCCUGACGGGACAGUUUCACCCACACACACACACACACACACCAACAGACUGAUAAAUCGGGAUCAGUUUAUUAAUCAGUUCUCUUGUUAUGUAUCAUGCAUUGUUAAUAUAAAUAUGUAUAGUAUAAAUAUAAGUUAUAUAUAUUUUGUAGUUGUAUUUUCAUUCUCUCUGAGAAUCUUGGAGACAUUUUUCUAUGAAGAUAUUUACUGACACCACUACAGUAAAAUGAGAUUCGGAUUAUAAACCGAGAAGUGGCACUUUUUCCACCUUAAACAGUUAGAUGGGGUUUGUGACUUCUUUAAAUGUAUUAUUGUUGCUUGUAUGACAGAAUUGCAGAUUGGCCAGGGCAAAUAAAUGGCUAAUAUUG